AUGGCGCUCUCGGUGGCUUGGCUGUGCUUUCUAUUCCUUUGCCUAGUUGCUCUCAAUGAUGCGUUCUUAUUUCGCAGUAGAUCCAGAAGACGCAUUUCGAUUAGAAUAACUCGGUGCGACUCGAAGCGAAAUUGCGUGUCAUGUACAAAUCACAAAAGCUGGUCAGGAAAGCCGUGUCGUUGGUGCCCAAGAGAUAAAAAAUGUCACACUUAUGGCGCAAUCCUCACCAACCCUUGCUCAACGACAGAAGAUGUUGUAAGCGCAAGAACUUGCAGUAGCAUUGUGAAUCCAAUUUAUGACAGCUCAUUGGCAUUCAAAAUGGUUUAUCUCUCUGCUUUGGCGUACGCUGAUAACGUCGCUAAGUAUAUACUUAAAGCAACAGAGGUAGGUUGCCAGAGUUUCACCAUAGAUAAUAAAAACACUUUUUCAACUGUCCAUUUUUUCAACUUCACAACAGUCGACUCUGAUGGGGAGAAGCGAAUUACAGACUACUACACCGAGAACGAAAAGAAUUAUCAUAUCAUUUUCCCACUCUGUCGGUUGACUGUCAUCUGCUGCACGGCACUGCACAGUGACACCAAACUAACAACCUAAAAUAGUUUGGAAGUUUGUUUUUUUAUAACAACCUGUCUUGGAUCUCAUUCUGUUUCCUCUCUGAGGAAUAUUGAACCAUUAUUAGACCUAUUAGUGCCGCUUGGUUUAGUUUAGGUUUCCUCCUUUAGUAACACUGGAUCAACAAUAGGCGGCUCUUACUGGACCUCAAGGGCGAACAGUUUAGAACUGAUAGAGCUACCCAGUACAUGAGCAUUUUGUUCAACAUUUAGGUGGCUAGCUUCCGUCUGGUUAGACAGGUCACAAAGUCUUGUGCAGGAAAAGCAAAAUGUUCAGGAUUCGUCGCAGUUUCCCAUACCGAACGCGCAAUCGCCGUUGCAUUCAGAGGCUCUGAACAUUCCAAUCAAGUCAUAGUAGAAGCUCUGACGAUAUUGGCUGUGCCUAAAGUACCUUUCCAAGCUGGUGGAAAGGUCCAGAAAUAUUUCAACGAUGCAUUUGUUCUGAUUUGGAAUGACCUGAAGAAUUAUGUUUAUAGAGAGAUAAGAAGGUGAGCUUUUGUGAUUUACGAUUUGAGGCAUUCCCCAUCAAUAAAGGAUAUGAUGGUCUGGAAACUGAACAAAAGUCGAUGUGUCAUGUUUUUGUCGGAGUUUACGUUAAUUUGUAUUUUCACACAUUGUAUUUUCGUAUAGCGAAGUAAUCAUCCAAUAAAAAUAACUGAGAUGAAACGUGCAAUCACAAUGAAUAAUAUUUAAUAAAGUUGAGACAAAGGAUUUGUGCACGGUGAUGUACAGUUCAAUAUCAAACAAAGGUCUUCUAUUUUGUAGCUUUGAAGUUUGGCGGGCUUCCAGACCAUCCUAUCUUGACACAUCUCUGAGACCAAAUUAUGACAAUAUAGUUUCUCGCGCAUGGCAGAGGAGCGCUUCCAGUGUGACUACCAAACACAACCGGUUUCCUCCAGGUACUUCAGUAUUUCCUGUGGUAACACUGGAACAGUAUAGCAUGAACUUAGCAGACCUCUAAUAGGAAGAACAGUUUAGAACUAAUAGAGCUAUCCAGUAUAAGGCUAGUUUAGUUUCCUUCUGUAGUAACACUGGUCGAUGAGCCCUUAAUAUUGAGCCUCUAGAGAGAAUCUCCCAGAAUAAGUCUCGUGCCUUUUUGUGUCAAGGUAUCGCCACUACAAAGUCUGGGUUACUGGUCACUCUCUUGGUGGAGCACUGGCGUCUUUGGCAAGCACAGUUCUACUGCACGAGGGACGCACACGCAAAAACAACCUGUUCUUGUACACGUUUGGUCAACCUAGAGUCGGGGAUCACCAGUACGCCUUACGACACGACAGACUGGUCCCAAUUAGCUUCAGAGUUACCCAUUUCAGAGAUCCUGCAGUUCACCUGCCAACUUGUUCAUCCUUGGUACCUGGGGGGGCAUGUAUUGCUUAUACAGGGGGCCCCUAUCAUCAUGGAAAGGAGAUUUUCUAUGGCAACCGGGUGAUGACGAAGACAUCGCCUUAUAAAAAGUGUCAAGGAUUGCCAUAUGAUGAGGACCUGGCAUGUAGCAACAAACCUUCAGUGUGGGCCAAGUGUCUCACAUCUGAAUUGAAGAAAUGUAUUAAAGAUCAUCAGUUCUACUUCGGAAUCAGAGUUGGCGUCUGGUGGAAAGAAUGA